AUGUUAAAUUAAAUACAGCCAAUACUUGAUUUUUCAUUUUAUUUAUUUUUUGGAAUCUACUUUUCAGGUCCAGAAGAAUACGAGCUAUUUUAUAGAAUAUUUGCAGUUUGUAAUAGAUUCUAAUAUUAUUAUUAGGUGCUUGUUUAUUCUACAUAUUCAUUUUCUUUCCCCAUAAAUUUAAUUUAUUCAAUGUAAAUUCUUAACUCAUUACAAUUGGAUCAGGAGUUGUUGCUUUAACCAGUUUCUUUUUGAGCAUUUUUAUCAGUUAUGAAGAUCAAUUUUUCGCUUAUUGUUAUUGGACAACUUUAAUUAUUAGUUGUGGAAUUGGCACAUUCUUGGUCAAAAAAAAAUAUAAAUCAGAAUGA